AUAUAUGAGGAGUGAGUUCUGCUGACAAUAGUUUUUAUACCAACUACGACAUUUAAACCAAGAGAUUGGAGAUUUGGUGGUGCUACUCAGCAUCUCCUUGUCACUUCAGUUCUUUCAAAAAAUGCUUAGGGCAAAGACUUGAUUUUAUUGUCCCUUUCAUCACAAAAGAAUUGCCCGGGGCAAGGAGACUAUAUUGUCAGUGCCUGAUUCAGGGUUAACAUAUGCACACCAAGAAUCCACAGACAAUUCAGGAUUUUUCCGAAUCUAGAAUAGGGACACUGCAAACAGCAGUGCUCACUGGGUGCAUAAAUCUUACUUCACCUCCCAACUGCUAUGUCUUUUUGUCAUGCAGUUAUGUCCCAUUUGCAAUGAAAGCUCAGACUUGUUAUAACAUGUGAUGCAUAGAGAUCCAAUUCCUCCCAAGUCUGUCCAUGCCAGGAUCCAGGGAGACGUCUAGUGUUGUGGUCUCUGGACCACAAACACUAGUUAAAUAUGAAAAUCCAUGAGAAGUAUCUCUUGGUGGCCAUAGAUCUCAAUUUAAUGUCCACUCAAGUAAUCUAGGUAGACCAAUUCCGUGAGAAGUAUUCAAAAAGAUCAUCAUUAUUCCUGCUACAUCACCAGUACUAUUACCAAAUACUAGCUAGUACAGUGACAUUGAAUCAGUCAAUCCCACACAUAUAUUGAAACUACAGGUGGUAAAUGGCUUGAAUAAUCAGAUCUAUGCUUGUAGGAUCUGAGUUUAGGUUCUAGCUAGCUGCUUCCUAUACAUAUGAAGCAAGUUGAUAGUUGAUACCAAUGUUAAUAAUCAUGGUUGGCAUUGUCAUUUUGAUCUUAUUUAUACAUGCUUGGAGCUGUUUUUGUUACACUUCUUUCUUGUUUGGUGAUUCUCUCGUUGAUGCUGGAAACAAUGAUUAUCUUAUCACCUUAUCUAAAGCUGAUUCUCCACCAUACGGCAUCGAUUUUAUUCCCUCCAGAGGGCAGCCCACUGGAAGAUUUACAAAUGGCCGAACUGUUUCCGAUAUUAUAGUGCAAGCUUUGGGCUCAAAGUCAUUUCCUCCGCCAUUUCUAGCUCCUACUACUCGCGGCCAGGCUAUUUUCAAAGGCGUCAAUUAUGCCUCUGGAUCAUCAGGCAUCUUGGAUAAGACAGGAUCUGUUUUCGUAGAAAGAGUACCAUUAAGAAAACAAAUCAAUGAUUUCGAGCAGAGUCGAGCUACAAUGACGAGUAUGCUUGGCGAGAACGGUACUACAGAUUUUCUCAAGCAGGUUGUUUUCUCUAUUACCUCCGGUUCGAAUGAUCUCUUGAAUUACCUUCAACCUUCUAUACCAUUUUUCAAAGAAGACAAAGUUUCUCCUGCAAUGCUACAAGAUUUUAUGGUUUCGAACUUAACCCUACAACUUAAGGUAUUAGCCACCCUUAUCUUUUUUUUGUCAAUACACUUGUUGAGAAUGGUUAUGGCUAAUUACGUACGUUAUCCUUGUUAUUUCGCUAAGCGACUCUAUGAAAUGGGAGGUCGAAAGUUUCUAGUCAUCGAUGUUGGUCCUUUGGGAUGUAUACCAUUUGUUCGUGCCAUCAAGCUAAUGCCAGCUGGGAGAUGCUCGUCAGAAGCAAAUGAAUUGAUUCAGGGAUACAAUAGAAAACUUAAGAAGUCGAUUGAUACUCUAAAUAAAAAUUUAGGGCCUGAAACUAUUUUUGUCUAUGCAAAUUCCUAUGACAUUGUUAUGGGGAUUGUAAAAAGAUAUCGCAAAUAUGGAUUCGAAAAUGUGGAGGAUCCAUGUUGCGGCGGCAAUUUUCCACCAUUUACUUGCUUAAAGAGAGGUGGUGCAAAUAUAAGCUCAGUGUUAUGCAAGGAUCGGUCAAAAUACGUGUUUUGGGAUGCCUAUCAUCCCACAGAAGCUGCAAAUCUUAUUAUUGCGAAAAAGUUUCUUUACGGAGAUGAAAGUAUUGUUUCUCCCGUUAAUGUCCGUGAACUGUACAACUAUAAUCUCUAGUUACUAGUAUGUUUAUUUCUGUAAUUGAAUUGAAUGAUCAAUCAGUCAUUAAAAUCACCCAAACUUAUGAUUCCCCAGUUCUGCAAGUUUAUGCAGGAUCAAUGAAAAUUUUAAUGUGUACCUGAACAUUGAAAUUUAGUAAAAGUAGUAAACUUAUUUA